GUACCUUUAAAAAUGUCAAAGUCAAUCCAAAUCAAAACUGAAAAUUAGAAUUUUCACUGAAGAAAAUGUGAUAGCGAUCCCAAAAUAGAUAUUUAUGUGCGAAUUUUAUUGGAAUUGUCUAAAAAUCUCUGCAAAAACGAUUCAGUCUGUAUUUUUUUACGUUCAGUAUCAAAUGACGCCUCUGUAACUAUCAAUAAUUGUUCUAAUAAAUUCCAUUCAAUUAAAUAGCCAGUAUGAAUGAACUACCGGAGAAUAGCAACAACUCUGGCGGCAAUGAUUUAGAAACCUUGGAUUAUUUACGUGGUGUAAAAUCGUCAACGUGCUUGUUACUACCGACGACACCUAGUCCUACACCGCUCGAUUUCAAACAUCCACUAUCUGAAGAAAUGGGUGAUCGUCCGUUUUUGACUCUGAAUGACGAGCCUAACAUGGUCAAUUUACAGACAGAUGCGUCAGCAGGAGAUUCUAGUUCGUCUGGUGACUCAAGCUCAGUUGUUCAAGAUCCAGUUAGUGCCCAGCUUAUCAAUAAUAUCAGUAUGUUGGAUUACCAGACUUUAAGCAAAAAUGGUGAUUUAAUAAUGGGGCAGACUGAAGACUGCAAGCUGAAUGGCAACCACAAUGUCAAUGGCAGAAAACUACCCAACUUUGUUAACUGGAACUGGAGUGUGAUCAGGAAAGUACUUCUUUGGAUUGUUCUCUCGGGUCUCAUUGCCUGUUUGGGUGCUAUCAUAGGUAUGGUGAUCACCAUUCCAAAAGAAUGCAAUCCUGACCUACCAUGGUAUCAAGGGAAAGUAUUUUAUGAAGUAUUCCCAGCAAGCUUUAAAGAUUCUAACAAUGAUGGCAUGGGAGACUUAAAAGGGCUUUUGAAAAAGCUAGACUAUAUCCAAGAUCUAGGUGCAUCAGCCAUUAGGCUGAAUUACAUAUACCAAGCACAAAAAUAUCCAGAACAGUACUAUAACAUUACCUCUUUGGUACAAAUAGAUAGAAGUGUGGGAGUUCUGAAGGACUUCAGGGAUCUGAUAAAUGAAGUACACAAUAGGAACAUGUCUUUGAUCCUUGACUUGCCGGUUGUGUCCUUGGCAAAACCUGAUUCAUCUUCAAAUUUUACUCAAGCUGUGUUAAUAUCUAAUGAAACAAUAACCAGCUUUGUUGAUCCCACAUCAGCUGCAAUAAUAUUUUGGUCCAGUGAAAAAGUUGAUGGAUUUUAUUUGAAAGAUUUGGAACAAUUUGUAGAUGACAUUAAUUUUGGUAGAAGCUUGCAGAUGUGGAAACAAGCUAUAGGUCAUGACAAAAUAUUUAUUGCUAGUGAAAGUGCUUAUGAAAAAGCUAAGGGUGGUGCUUUAAAUGUUUUGUUAUCCAGGGUUGAUCUUAUUGAUGUCCAUCUCGAUUUACAUGAAGGUAUCAAUGGUUUGAAAAAUCGUAUAGAUAAUGUUAUUAAAGGUUCAUUGUGGGCGAAACCACAUUACCCAUGGGUGCAUUGGAAUAUUGGUAGUAUUCAUAAUGAAAGAAUAUCCACUAAACAUGUGAAUAACACUCUGGUGUUGACAGCACUUGAACUAGUAUUGCCAGGCACUGUCAGCAUAUUUUAUGGAGAUGAAAUAGGGCUAGCAGGACUAGGCGAUAUUGAAGGCGAUUUCCAUGAACACAAAGAUGUUAACAAUGUAGUCUCUAUGUCAUUUUCGAAUGAGAAAAAUUCUGCGAUUAUUUUACCUUGGAACUCAAACUCUGAGAGAGAACCCAGCUAUCAUUUCUUAGAUGUAAUAAAAAUGUUUACCAAAGUCAGGUUGGAGACGCCAACAAUAUAUUUGCGAUCUAUUUUCAAGGAGGGUAAUAAUCUGAAAAACAUGGAAAUUCGCAAAACUGAGGAGAAUCUAGUUGUUAUAGAACGUUGGUAUCCGCGAAGGAAUACUUGCGUGUUUGUUGGGAAUUUGGGCAGUAAAUCUAUUACAACUGACUUGUCCACCAUGUUUUAUGGGGGCACCGUGCUUGCUGGAACAAACACGUCUCUAGUCGGUCAAGUAUUAUAUUUCGAGAAAAUCACUUUCCCACCAAAUUCUGCCAUUAUAUUGAAGCUGGAAAAGUAAAUUGGUGUUUGACGUCUUCAGAUAUAUUUCGACGUUUUUAAAAUAUAAUCUUUUAUUAAUUUCGUAUUUUAUGAGGUAUUAUUCGAUUCAGAGAUCAGAAUUUAUUAUUUAAGAAAAUAUAUUUAGUUAAGUUCAAUAUCCGUACGCAGCUAUUAACACGAUUGUAACAGAAUCUCGCGCUUCCCAAAUGAUCUGAACAUAAUCUCUAUAAGUAUUUAAUAUUUUUGACAGUAUUAAUUAACUAAAACGCUAUGGUAGCUAAAUAAUGUUUUUUAGUCCUAGACUGUUAGUUGUUGAUAUUUUUGUUGUUAAAAUUUAUUGAAAAUAACGACGAGGCAAGCUCUAAUGGUUUCAAGUUACAACGGGUCUGUUAAUCAGAGCAGCGUGCCUGUCGUGGCUAUGUCGCGCAGCCUACUGUUCUUUUCUGAGUUAAUUCACAUAAGUCGCUUUUUUCAAUAAAUUUUGUAUAGUUACCAUUUUUCAUGAUUGUUACUUCAUUCAUUGCAUAUUUUAGAUAGUAUUCGAAAAUACUUAUUUUAAUUAAGAAAUUGUAUUUUAUAUAAAACAUAGUUCCUUUUGAACCAAAGAUGCUCGGCAGCUUGAAUAUGAUUUAAUAGGAUGAUUUAAGUACUUAUACCAAAGGAAUGUACUUAUAAAAAAAUAAAAUAAAAAAUAUAAUUACAAAAAAUUUAAUAUACAUUUGUACACAUUGAAAACAAAUAUCAUGUACUUAGCAUAUGUUUAUUAUGUACACAUUACAAUAUUAAUAUAAUAAAUAGUUGUGGAAUUAUUACAUUUUCAUUCACUAUGAUUACAAGCAAUAAUACACUUAUACAUACAGGUAAUAUAUCAAACAGCGAGUAUUUCAUUACAUAUUAUUAUUAUUACAAACCACUAUUUCAUAGUGGAACAUUGUGAGUUAGGUAUUUAUAUAAAUACUUACAAAAAUAUAUUUGCUGAAAACAAUCAAAAAAUGUUUCAUGGAAUUCAUUCAGUAUUUAUUUGAAUAUAAUUAUAAAUUAUUGGAAAGGCACAUUUUGUAUCACAUAUUUGCUUAGAAUAUAGUUAUGUUAACUCAGUGUCUCUAAUAUGGACAUUAUAUGGAAUGAUUGCUUAGUACUUAGCACAUGAAAUUUUCAACUUAUACAAUGAGAUAGCUAAGUGGGUAAUUUUGAGUUGCUAACUAAAUGUUUAAUGUCAGUGAUGUUUAUCUUAAUGUAAUCUGCCAAAUUGCUUUGGUAUAAAUGAUGUCUAUACAUAGGUAAAUAAUUUUUAUCAUAAUAUUGAGCAACACAAACGAAAAUUAAUUUGCUUAUAUAAAGUAUUGUUUUAAACCCUGAAAUCAUAUGGUAAGCGAAUAGUUUAAAAUGUUGCUUAUUGUUCCCAAUAAUGUUAACACAACUUUAACUUUGUUACAUACUACGAUCACGCGGCAAUAUUUACAAUUUCGACCUUAUCUCAUUGUGAUAAAGUGCAGUUUAGGAUUAUGAGAAUACGAAAGAAGGCCUACUUUUCUGCAGAUAAUGCAUUGUUUACAUUCUACGUGUAAUAAAUAUGAAAGUAAAACUAUUUGUAGGAAGAAGAUUUAAAUAUUAAUUAUUAUUUGUAUGAAUUAAUAUGUAGUUAUUAUAAUCUAAAUUCGGAAUCACAUUUGUACGUAAGAUUAAACUGCGUUUCUUAUUAUUUAAUUGAAAUAUCUAAAUAGAACGCGUUGAACAUGCACAUUAUAACCUGUAGCGUUCACCAUACAAGUGUGAUCCCUAUCUUAAAUUGUGGUGACAAUAAGCUCAGUCUUUGUUUCGGUGGAUGAAGGAUCAUAGCACUGGAAGGAUUCACAAGCAGUAGGUAGGAGUUUAUCGCAAUGUCAUGAGCUGGGUUGAGAUUUUUUUGUUUUGGCUACUGUUGGAUGCAUUACGUAAGUAUUGGACAUUGCUCGUGGAUGACUUUGAGUAACUGGCAAUGCUGGAAGUUUAUCUGUAGGAUUUCGUAACAAUAUUUUUUUCUGAGACCCUGUCAUUACCCUCUUAGCAUUACAUUCUUGUUUACUCUUAACAUCUAUGCUAUCGGUGGUGUUUGAAACAGAUUUAACGCACUUCCGUUCACUUUCACAGUCACUACCUGUUGGUUUAUUUAACUUUGGAGCACCAAAAGCUUUAGUUUGUUUCAAUAACGAACGGUCGUUACAUAAUGCCGCGAUAAGAGGCAAAUCAAGGUUUUUACUUUUCUCUCGGAGAGUUUUUAUGUCUAAAUCACAAUUGGAGUCUUUCACUUUGUUCGCACUUGUUUCACUAUUCACAUUUGUUGAGGUUUGAGGACUUUUGACGUCUCGCGAGUAAUUGACAAGUUUCUUUUUGUAUUCGUAAGGCGGCGGGGGCGGCGGAGGCAUCCUUCUCAUCUUCACUGGCGGUGGAUCUUUUGCAUUCAGCACAUUCUCAUCCGAUUUUGUCCGCAUAAAAUGUGAAACAUCUGGAACUCGCGCAGGCACUUGUGGUCGCUCAAGAUUUAUGGAAUGGUUGCUGAGCGACGUCCUGCUCGUUAGUGAGUACCAGCUCGUCCGCGUGCCGGGUAACUGCACGUAAGAAUCCGACAGAUUUUGGAUCGAACCAUACAUGGACGACGCAGACAUGGAAGUGGAUAGGUAUGGCGUGCUUCUGUAUUGGAGGCCAUUUUUGUGCAUGUUUGAUACGCGAGACUCAGUCAGUUUAUGGUCGAGAUAAUUUUGCUGUGAUAAGGCCGGGUCUUGUAGAGGAUAGUAGACAUAGUCAACGUCACUAUAUAGCUGCUGAUGAAACAUGGGGUUGUGCGGCGGUGGAGGUGGAGGCAGCCGUGUGGCUGGUGGUGGCGGUGGCUGGCGAGGGCGACGGGGCGCAGGCGGCGGCGGAGGAGGUCCCGGAGCCAGUUUCAUCAUGGCCACUAGUACGUUAGAGUCCACGAUGUGUGGCAUCUCUCGUGAUGGUGACAAGUUGUUGUUUAUCCCUUGAGCUAACUUAGAUCUUUCAGCUCUACGACUCGACGCUUGUUGUCGCUUAAACUUUUGGAAUUUAUGUUCUAAGACCAUGGGACUAGCAAAAGUUCUUUCACUAGAUGCAUUCACUUCUCCGGCUUCAGCUUUCAGGAUUGUUAUCAUGGGUUUUGAUGUUACCACACGGGCAGCCACUUCUUCCUUGUUCUCAUUUAACUGUUUUAAAGACCUGGCUGUCACUGCUGUUCCAGGAUAUGCAGGAGGCGCCUUGGCGGGUGGUGCAGCAUAAGAUGUAACAGUUUGAUGGUUAAAUUCAUAGGGAGGAGGAGGUUUUUCCGGAAAUGAGGGUCUGAUUGGUGUGUCGCCAUUUAUGUCAAAAAUAUUUGGUAGCGACAAGUUCAACAGUUUACGGCUAUCAAUUCUAGUGGGAGGAGUUGGUGGUCGGUCAAAGAAAGAGUUAUUUGGAUAAUGGUCAUCAGAGGGAGCAGUGUCUUCGUGACCCUUAAGGUAGCUGUCUCCAGAAAACGGAAGAGGUAACCUCACGUAGUCCGAUACUGAGUCCAAAGUGUCACUUACGGACUGGCUCUUAGGAUAUACGCCUCUUCCCACUAUAAGGUCACUUAGUUCACUCGCGGUAAGUAAGUUAUGUUUAUUGUCUGUCGGAUCGCUCCCGUCGCCGUGGAACGAAAUUGCACUAACGUUGGAAUUUGUUCUUUCUCUGAAUAAAUUUUCUUUAUUAUGUUCUUGAUUUUGAAACUUCGCAGCUCCAUCGACACAGUCUGAGCUAGGUUGGGAAGAUUGCAAUCUUAAUGUACCUGUAGCGUGACUAGUUCUUUCUGACUUAUUUUUUAGUAUCGAUGAUACGCUAUCGAAGUCAGCAAGAUCGUUUUCUUUCGCUGGCUUAUAGCUGUCGUAAUGUGAGCCAUCAUAGUCUGUUCUACUAGCUUCAGAUAGAGUAUCCAUUUUGGAUCGUGCAGUAAGUUCGGAACUGCUCAUCGUGUAGACGCCACUUGUUUCACUCGACGCUGCUACAGUGACUGGUUGUCCCAAUCCGUCGUACAAAGCAGAUGCCGCAUCUUGAGAAUACUCUACGUCAAUGCCAACAGUACUGUUGUCACUAAUCAUUGAGUUCUGAGCAGUAUGACUAUAACCUAGCUCGAGACUACUAGCAUUGGAUGCCCUACUUAGGGUACUAAGGCCCGCGCGUGCCAUUAUUACUGUACUGCAAGAAGAGGAACAUUGUGAUCCGGUACAUUUCAAUUUGUUUGAUCUUGGACUGUCUGUCAAAGUUUCACUAACACUCUGAUCAGGCAGUGAGGUCGUUUCUUCUAGCUGAGUUGUUGAAUGCUGCUCUGGUAAUGUAAUGUCAUUCCUAUUUACAUUCUCAGAGUCUUCCUUGGUCUUCUUUACACGCACUUUUGAUUUUUGGAGUUUUAAUGAUGAGGUUUUAGUCAGUGGCUGAUUAUCUUGAGGCAUAUGUCGUAUAAAAUAAGAAUUUGUACUGUCUAGCAAAUGUGCAAAAGCUAAACUUUCUGUGGAAGGGGCUGGGGGAGAAUCAAUCAUGAUUUCCAAUUCAUCUUCAGAUUGAACUCUGUCGCUCACUAUGCCAGAGGUUGUGUUAGAACUGGUUGAAGAGAUCACUGAUAUUCUUUGUUCACUUUUAUUUUGAUUGUAUUGUGUAUUAAGUGAUUUAGAGUAUCCAAAACAAAUUUUUCGUUCUUCUUCUUCCUUUCUCAAGAUUUCAUUGAAUUUCGGUGCAAUUUUCAUUGAGAACUGAUGUGUUUCUCUGCACAAAGCGAAAAGAUAUUUACAUUUUUCUUCGCUCGACGAAAAUAGUGUUAUUUUUCCUUCUUCGGUCCUAAUUUCAAACUUCUUCCUAUCAAAACUUAGUUUUCCAAUGGCGCUCCAUAUGAAAUUUGAGAGUGGGCCAUUAUCAGGUAGAAUCUUUAUGCCCUUAGCUGUUACAAGCAGCCACACAGUUCCAGGUUCUGGUUCUGAUUUAGAUUGUUUUAAUCGGUAUCUAUGUGAGUUUAUCGUGUCGGGAAGUAGACAAACUUCUCGAAUGAAUCUGAUUUCAGCAUCAGACUUUGGAAGGCCACGAUGCUCUCGAUGGCAAGCGCGCAUAGCCGCCGCCACCCAAUCGCCGGUGAGGGAUGAGGGUGCAUAUUCAUCCACUUUGAAGUAAUCCCUGUCCUCAUAAGACUCUGCAUCACCGUAUUCGGCUUGUAAUGCUAAUCCAGUAAGCAGUAGUAUCACUUCGGCGGGCAAUGCGUCUCGUGUGCGCACAUUUUGCCGCAGCUGAAGGAAGUACAAGUGACGGCCGACUUCAUCAUGCAGGAGCAGAGGACUCUCCACGUGGAAUUGCACGACAAGGUGCAAUUCGAGGAGCGGCUUCCCAUUUGCGUCCAAACCAUGAGUGUGAGAUGACCUCCAGCUCUUUGGCGCAUAUUUUGAUAGUUUACUGUCUAAGUCAACAAAUAAGUAUUCUCCAUUUUGCAGAAUUGCUAAUCCAAAGAGUUCUGUGUCGGUCAUGCCUUGUAGUUGUGCGUGAGCAUUGGCCAAAGAUUUCAAUUCUUUGACUCUUGCUUUGGCUUCUACAACGAAGUGGAGUGGUUGGGGCUGGCCGGGCAUGCGCAGGGAUAGGAACCGCGCGCCCGCGCCGAGAGCGCGCGUGUCGCCGCCCAACGGCCCGCGAACCGAACACAGAGCACGCAUGUCGCAUCUCGAGACCACUGUUACUUGCGCAUGAAUAGAUAAAUCCUAUACAGCUGCACGUAAAGUCACUAUAAUCCUUGGUUAACCGCAUCCAUUGGCACUACACUUCACAAUAAGUCGCGCGAUCUUGUAAGUUGAAUGGCGUGACGGCUGACGUCGAGGCGCACUAAGUCCAUGGGCGCGCUAGUACGACUGAGUGAAGCGGGCGCGGGCGCGUGGGUCGGCUGCGAAGGCACGCGCGGGGCGCGCCGCGACUUCGGAUCGGUG